AAGUUACGAGGGUGGACUAUUCAGACCGCUUAAGCCAUGCUUCAGACCAAUGACAGAGGGGGUGUGUGCUUAGAUCUGUAAAGAGAACGGGGUGUGUUUUCUGCACAGACUGCACUUGCUAUCGGAAAGAUACUGACAGCAGAUCUCUGCUCUGCUCGUCUGUAGCAUGAGCUCUGAGCCAUGGACCGGAUCACCUUCCACCAUGACACCGUGCUGUCAGACGUGCACAUGCUGCGGCCCAACGCCCGCCACCUCAUGACCCGCCUCAACUCUGUGGGCCAGCCCGUCUUCAUUUCUAAAUUCAAGAUCCUGUCAGUUGGUGAAGGACCUGACGACAAUGACCCAGAGAAAGGUGUACCGGAGGCAGGGGUGGGCCACGAACCAAAGAAAGAGGACGAAAAAGUCUCUCAAAGUCAAGAUGGAGAGGAUGGGGGGGAAGUCGGUGGGGAACCAUUCCUGGAUGAGGACGGAGACCUCCACAUCACACACCGGCCGAGAACGAACCCUCCGGAGAGAAACAGUCGCGACCUGGUGUGUCCCAUCAUCCUGCAGCAGGCUGACCCUGAGCUGAAGCCAGAAGAGGAGCACUCGGAGGAUGAAGACGAUCAGGCCUUCGACGACAUUAUAAAGAUUGAACACACCAUGGCCACAACCCUGGAGGAUGUAGGCAAACAGGUGUGGCGGGGGGCCUUCCUCUUGGCGGACUUCAUUCUCUCCAGCCCUGACAUGUUCAGAGGAGCCACAGUCCUGGAGCUGGGAGCGGGAACAGGCCUCACCAGCAUCGUCAUGGCAACCAUCUGCAAAACAACAUUCUGCACAGAUGUGGGAGAGGACCUUCUAAGCAUGUGCAAGACAAAUGUAACAUUAAACAGACACCUGAUGGAGGCUGCAGGUGGUGAUGUGAGAGUGAGACAGCUGGACUGGCUUCAGCAUGACCUUUGUACAGAUGCAGACGUGGAGUUUAGCUGGACAGAGGAGGAAGUAGAAGACAUGUACAACAACACUGAGAUCAUCAUUGCUGCUGAUGUUAUCUAUGACGAUGAGCUGACAGACGGUCUGUUCCGGACCCUGUACCGGCUCUGCAGCAGCUUCUCUCACAGCUGCUCCGUCUUCAUCUCCAUAGAGAAAAGGAUGAACUUCACUCUGAGACACAUGGACGUGUCCUGUGAUGCCUACAACCACUUCAGCCGCUGCCUGUCCCAGCUGGUGGCCCUGCAGGACGGACGCUGCAGCUUCACAGUGCAGCAGCUCCCUACCCACUUUUCACAGUUCCUCCUGUAUGACCGCAUCGAGCAGCUGGAGCUGUGGAAGGUGACCUCCACCCCCCUGCCAUCUGAGCGGACCCUUCCCCCUGAGUCUGCUUGUGGUAGCAGUUUGAACGCUGAGCCCCCCACCCCACAUGUUCCCAUUCAUAGAUCCUGUUAGGAGUUCAGUUUGCUAAAUAAGUAGAAUGAAACAAUUGACUAAAUUCAAGACGGAAACAAAAAAUAAAUAUAGUUUAUAAAGGGACUUUUUUUUUUCAGGAAUUUCGAAUAAUUUAUUUUUUUAACUAGAUUUAUGCAUUCUUGAACAUAAAGAUAUUUAUAGGAAAUGGAAGUUCUCCAGGUUUGUAAUGAGAACGUUUGAUGUUUGAACAGUAACCUUUGUAUAAUGUUAAAUAAAGUGUUGCAGAACACAUACCCUACAAGUUGGUCAUGAAGUUAGUAUUUGGAAGAAACUCAAUUGCAUAUUUUUAAAGUAUUUUUGUCUUCUUUGACUUCAGAAGCAGAUUUGUGAGUUUAAUGCUUGACAGAAGCUGUAAUGACGAGAUAAUAAGAAUAAUAACAAACUGUGUGCGCGUGCAGGAAACUCAUCAAUGUUACAGCUCGUAUGACACAGAAACAUAUUAGUGAAGUAUAUCUGUUGGAUAUGGAGACUCUUCUGGAUCCCAUGCUGGCGGUGUGUGUUGCUCAGGGCGACGGAUCUGUGAGCAUGCCAUCAGGUGUGUGUUCAGCCACAUGUCCUCUGAUCCAGCUACGGGUCACUGAUCCUUUACAGUUUUCAGGAGACCCACUUUUUCAUACAAAUCUUGUUGUUUAUAUCUUACAAAACAGAUAUGAAAAUAUUGUCUUUAACUUUAUAGUCAAUGUCUGUUGCCCACAUUUUUGAUUUCAUACUUUGUGUGCAAACUACAUGACGUGCUCUAUCUUUACUGUAUUAGAACCCUUUCUCACCUAAAGAAGCUCCAGAGUCCCAUGCUGCAUGAACUCCUUCACCAGCAGCACUGGUCAUUAAUAUUCACUGAGCAUAUCUGUGGCUCUGAUAUGUAUUCUUUACUUACAAAAUAUGUAUUUAUGAAUACUAAACGAGAGCAUGUCAUACAUUAAAUAGAGGAACAACCCCCCACCCCCUGCUUUAGGUAGAAAAAAGCAAAACCAUGUUUAAUUAAAACUACAUUUUUUUUUUUUGGCUGGUGUUUGGAACCUUCCCAUAACAAAAAAAGAGUGACAAUGUCGGCUCCUCUGAAGGGGCGAUGUUGGCCGUAUCACAUGUAUCUCUGGAAAAAAAAGAUGA